UCACUAAAAAGAUAUUACACAAUCCAAAAUCUAAUAUCAUGAAAAGAAAUUUGAUAUCUGUAAGUGUAAUCUAUUAAAAAGAUAACAAUCUAUAAACCCUACCACCCUUCAACCCUUUUCUAUAUAUAUCCAAAUACAACAUUCACAUGAACCAAUGCUUUUGACUCUCUCUUCUCAGUUCUCAGUUUUGUGAAGAACAGUUUUCUUUCUCCUUCGUUCAUCCUCGUUUCUGUGAUCAUCGAAGACAUCAAAAACAUCCAUGGCAGGAUUCCAACAGUACAACUUUUUUCCAACGGAUUUGUUCUACCCUCGUCCACAGUUUUCUGCUGCAGCUGUGGAACCUGCUUCUGGCAAGCCAACGACGGUGGUGCUUCCUUUGCAAACUGCAGAAGAAGAGAAGAAGAAGAAGAAGAAGACAGAACAUAAAAAGCACAUGGUCAUUGUUCCAUCUCAGAGCCAUGCUCAUCUUUCAAAACCAAAAGGGCAACCUCUGUUUGUGAAGAAAGUGUCCACACACGCCAUGAAGCCACGUUCUUGGGCCAUUUGCUUGACUGAAGAAGAUGAGAGUGAUGCUUCCUAUUAGAAUGUUAGUCAAAUUUGUAGCACUUCAAUCACCUAUUCAACCAUGCUAAGAUAGAUAUUCAUACAUUUUCUUAUAUUAUUUUAAUGGAUAGA